GAGAGUAAGGGUAGUGAGAGUGAGGGUAGUGAGAGCAAGGGUAAUGAGUGCAAGGGUAGUGAGAGUAAGGGUAGUGAGAGUAAGGGUAGUGAGAGUAAGGGUAGUGAAAGUAAGGGUAAAGAGAGUACGGGUAAUGAGAGUAAGGGUAGUGAGAGUAAUUAAGGUUAGUGAGAGUAAGAGUAGUGAGAGUGAGGGUAGUGAGAGUGAGGGUAAUGAUAGUAAGGGUAGUGAGAGUAAGGGUAGCUAAGGGUAUAUUGGGAGUAAGGGUGGUGAGAGUUAGAGAACGUAUUUUCAGAUCUGUUGAAAUUUAACCAUUCAUUACCACUAUUGUCCAUAAUAAUAAUGCAAAAUGUAAGUUACAACAAAAUUUCACUUACGACAUCUAAAUGCCAAAGUAUUUGACAAAAACAUUUUUUUCAAUAUAAAGCCAAUACUAAUUGAAAGAAUCGUUAAGCUGGAUGAUCUCAUUUUCCUUUUUGGUAUAAUAUUAAUAGAUUUAUCGGGAUUAUUGCGAUUGAUUCUUCCGUCAACUUAAUUUCAAUUCAACCACUUGGAAAAUACGGGCAUUUAUGUGUGGAUUUACCCUUGAUAUAAAUUUUGAUGCUCGCACAAAUUGCAAACCAUUCCAUGCAAAUGUUCUCCUGAAAUUCUUACCUUCGCGACCGCCAGUGACUCUGAUUGCCAGGUCAUACUGUAAUGACGAGAAUAAUAGAGCAACUUCAUGAUUGGGCUGAACGAAACUUCAUGGAACUUAGUUUGUAGAGAUUGAUUGGACGAUAAUCAUGAAACCAACUUGCUAGCGAAUAAAUGCACUGUGAUUGUGAGAGUACUGCCACAAGGCAGUCAGCUGCAUGCCAUUUGAUUUUUUGAAAGCAUUCCCAGUCGCGACUUGAAGUCAGUACAAUUCGGUUGCUGUCCCUCUUAGCACGCUUGUGAUUAUCGAUUCAUAUCAGUAAGCUGCUUUUGUAUGCUGUGCCAAGGGACUAACAGAAGCGUGAUAAAAACAGUACUCCUGGAAAUUUUGAAAUUUUGAUUGUAUGCUGCAUAUGCAUUCUUUAUGCGAAUCGAGCAUUUUCAUGGAAAGUUAUACACUCGUAGAUCUAAGAUCUAGGUUAUGCAAGCCGUUGAAGCAUCUUCGUGAAAUGAAAUUAUGUGUGCAGGAAAAUAGACAAAUACAACUAUCACUAUAGACAAAUUCCAAGUUUUUUAAUAGUUUUUGCAAAAAAAUUCAGCCCAGCAAGAUGGACUUGCGGCUGCUUGCGGCGCUCGGGGCGCUGCUGUGCGUCUGCUGCAGCAUCGAGGAGGGCUCAGCUUAUACGUUCAGGACUUUCAUGGGCGCGGAAAUUGCCGCAACUGCGAUCUCGAGCAGCGCGGUCGUGCAGCGUCCAUGCGAGUGCCGCGCGCUGUGCCGGGACGCAUGCCUCGCGGUGGCCAUCAGGCGUCUCCUACCAGGCCACUUCCACUGCUCCUUCACCGAACAAAAGAUCGCAUUCACCAACAGCCUUGUGAUCCCUGCUCCUGACAGCAGGGUGUUCUACAAACGCCAGGGAUGUCUGGUCAACUUCACGCUCGUGGAAAACGUGGGCUUCAUUUACGUCUCCACCGUCGCACUGAACUUCACCGCCGCGUCGGCCUCCUGUCCAUGCAACUCCCAACUCUUCACCGCCGACUCCCUGGUUGAUUUCGACGCCAUGCGGGAAUACCUCUUGAAGAAUGCCAAUUCUUCAAGCACGGAUCUUUGGAUUGGCCUGACCCGUACUUCGAACAUCACAACUUGGAAAUGGUUUGGAAACGGGAGCAUACAGGCAGUUCACCCAUCGCCCUACUGGGGCAAAAAUGACCCUGACAAUGAUUCUGAUUGCGCCAGAAUUCUUCUGAAACCAUCUGCCGGUUAUUUCUACCACGUGGCCGAUUCGAAGUGUUCAAAUCCAUUCAAGUUUCUUUGCAAGCAAAUGUGAGCUUAUAUGGCUGUUCGAACAUAUAUGCGAAAAGAACAAGCCUUGAUAAUGCCUGAGCCGGGUUUAUAUGGAAGUGGAAUGAAGGAAAAUGCUUAGUAUAACGAAUUUCUCUGCCUAUACCAUGCAUCAAAUCGUAGCUGACGAAUCUCUUCACGCCUGAUUGAAAAGGCUCAUAAUAAAGAAUUUUCUGAGCCUAAUAAAUGAAUAAUAACCUUUUGAAACGCUCCUACCAAACACGGCCUCCAACGAAAAUCCGCUGAGAAUUUGCAUAGAUCAUUAAAAACUCUUUAGUUGUAUUGGUACGUAGUCUUGGUUUCAUUGCGUUCCAUAACUUUGAUUUUUAUGACCAAACUCCAAUCUCAACUGGAACUAUUGGGUUUUUUAGCAAUAAACCUAAGAAUUUCCUCGUUAUUCCUGGAAAUCACGACGUUUAUAUGAUGGCACCAUCACCAGCAUGUUUUCUGUGUUAGCACCAUAUUAUUAUUUCAAGCAGAACAUUUAUUGCCCUGAAUGUACUGGACUAUGAUGCUUGUGUCUAUCAUUGCAUGAACGUCUCUAAUUGGUUAAUUUAAUUUGUAUGCUCCCUUUACCCGGUCAUAAUUAACCCUUGUGAAUAAUUUAAAUUAAUUGAAUAGCUACUGUUUGUGCUUGUUGGAUCAUCUAUAUCACGAGUUUCCUAACAACAAACUUCUUAGGCGUAUAGACACCCGCAACAAUAAGAAAGCCGUAAGUCAUACAAAUAACCUGGGCCCAUAUUUUCAAAAAAAGUUAAGAGAUCGUAAGUUCAUCAGCCAAUUAUUG